GGGGAGCCCCCGCGCCCGGGGAACCCGGGAGAGCGCCUUGCGCAGUGCACCGCUCGGGCCUCUGCCCCGCGCCGCCGUCGCCGCCGCCGCCGCCGCCGCCGCCGCCGCCUGGUUUCUCGGCGCCCGCGGUCUACGGCGGGGGCCGCGCGCAGAGGCGGGGCGGCAGAUCUCCAAGCGCGCGCGGCGCUCCGCCCGCUCGGCGGCGGAGGCGGAGGCGGAGACGGCGGGGCCAGGCGGCGGCUGGAGAGCGAGGGAGCGAGCGCGGCGGCAGCACCGGGGCCAUGGCGCCCGCGCAGCGCCCGCUGCUGCCGCUGCUGCUGCUGCUGCUGCCGCUGCGUGCGCGCAACGAGGACCCGGCCCGGGCCAACGCUGACCGAUACGCAGUCUACUGGAACCGUAGCAACCCCAGGUUUCAGGUGAGCGCUGUGGGUGAUGGCGGCGGCUAUACCGUGGAGGUGAGCAUCAACGACUACCUGGAUAUCUACUGCCCACACUACGGGGCGCCGCUGCCCCCGGCUGAGCGCAUGGAGCGGUACAUCCUGUACAUGGUGAAUGGUGAGGGCCACGCCUCCUGUGACCACCGGCAGCGAGGCUUCAAGCGCUGGGAAUGCAACCGGCCCGCAGCGCCCGGGGGACCCCUCAAGUUCUCAGAGAAGUUCCAACUCUUCACCCCCUUUUCCCUGGGCUUUGAGUUCCGGCCUGGCCACGAAUACUACUACAUCUCUGCCACACCUCCCAACCUCGUGGACCGACCCUGCCUGCGACUCAAGGUUUAUGUGCGUCCAACCAAUGAGACCCUGUAUGAGGCUCCAGAGCCCAUCUUCACCAGUAACAGCUCCUGCAGCGGCCUGGGUGGCUGCCACCUCUUCCUCACCACCGUCCCUGUGCUGUGGUCCCUUCUGGGCUCCUAGUGUCAGGCCGGAGAACACCAGCCCCACCUGGACCCCGUGACCUUUGCCCUCUGACCUGCCACGGCCACCUCCGAGACAAAAUCCUUGCUGCUUCUCUUUCAUGGUGCUGUCCCGCCGGAGGAGGCCAUCCAUCCGUCCCUGGGAUGCAACAUGGGGUCCCAAUGCCUGAGGAGAAGACCCCCCCCCAAGGCUGACUCGCUUUCACCAGGGCCACCAGGGCCAUCCAGUGUUGUUUAAUUACAGUCGGAAAGACUUAAGGUUUUUCUUUUAAUUUAAUUUAUUCCCUGACAUUGCUGGUGACACUGGGAAGGGAACAAGCCACAGGGAUGAGGUGAAGCCAUCUCUGUCCUUCCUGGAAUACCGGAGAUCCAGGGGCCUCCAGCUGCUCCUUUCUUCUGUGUCCUGUUAUUUGGGUCCCAGAUGGAGCCCACCGCGGACUUGCCUUGCAUUCCUCAGGCCAGGCAAGCCUGAGCCAGAAAGGGCGCACGGUGCCAGCCCCUCUCGGGGACUCUGGGGGUGCCAUCCCCCACUCUUCUUCCAGCCACUCUCGGGCCCCACUCCCACAUCAUCUCAGAAACCCUUCAGCCCUCGCAACUCGCCCCUCCGGGCCCCCCCACCAGGCACAACCAUCCCCGGGGCCAGCCGGGACGUUGUCGGUUUAUUUCUGUAAAUAGAAACCAGCAAGUGUAUACUGUGAUUUAUUUUAAUGUAUUCUUAAGGACAGAAUGGAAAUUCUUUAAAAAAAAUUUUUUUUCCGACCUUCAAUUCAAGGGGUCAUUUAUUUUGGUGGGGGGAGUGGGGUGGACUUUUUAGGAUAGAAGCAACACUUUGCAAUAAACUCAUUUUUUUUUGUUCCGUUGGAGCCCUCCCCCUUGAUCAUGUGACCUAGUAAUGUUUAUAACAAAAAAAAUUAAAAAAAAAAAAAGAAGAAGGAAAAAAAAUACAGGACUGGAAAGGAAGGGGAGCUACCUACCAAAAAUACAGCAGGCAAAGGACUGAGUGAAGCUGGCCACACCACACGUUUAUACGGAUUUCGGAUUUCUACCCACGUUUCCUCACUCUGUUUUCUAUAUAUUCUAUAUAAAUAUAUAUUGUGGAUGGCCGCCAUGGCGAGUGGUGGCUGGGGCUUUUCUAGGGGCGGGGGACGGGUGGCCCGGCCCCCUCAUCACAAUCAGCUUUGAAGUCUGUAUUUUUUUAUAAUAAAAUGGACAAACUGUUAA